AGUCAGGCUUUGCAGAGGCAAGAAAGCCCCAGCAGGAUCAGAUACUGGAGGGACUCUGAAAUUCAUCAGGUUCAUAUUUGGACUCUAUUUAAAAAAUCUCCUGGAUUUAUCUGAAGGGCAGACUGCAUCAUUCAUCCAUUCUGACCCCUGGACUCUGCUGGUACUUCAAUGGACUUUAUUUUGGACUCUGCUGGACUGUUGUGGACUUUGAAAAUGAUUCCCCUGGACUGCAUUGGUUUCUAUUAGUUAUAACAGAAUCUGUGGACUCUGUUUAAAUGUGGCAGCAGUUUGCCGAUGAAUGGAGUUUGACUGAUUCUGCACUGUAAGGCUGUUUGUGUGAGAUUUCAGGUAAAUUAAGGGAAUCAGAUUUGAUUUUAGACAGAUCUGCUGGAAUUCAACCAAAUAUUUAUUAAAGACAACAAAAGGGAAGGUAAAAAAGACUAGUUUGGAAAGUCUCAGCUUGUUAGAUUAAUUUAAUUUGAGUCAGGUUUAUUUCUAAAGGAGGUAAAAAGUCUCAUCCUUAUUUAUUUUGACAGUAAGAGGGUACUCCCUCAGUUUUGGUCUAGAUUAACUUCAUGUCUCGGAGGAGGAUGCAUGCCAUCAGCAGUAGCAGCUGCAGCAGCAUGAGUCUCCUGUGUCUCCUGUGGCUGCUGACGGUCUGUCUGGCCCAGAGGCCAAGGGAGCCGGAGGGGGAGCAGCCAGCGGCCCGGGCUCAGCUGGAGGAGAGAGACGCACUCUGCCACCAGGAUGGAUGCUACAGCGUCUUCCUCCAGAAGAGGAGCUUCAGGGAGGCUGGGCGGAGCUGCCGGGAGCGAGGUGGGACCCUGGCAACGAUGCACACCCACGAGGCAGCGGGUGUGGUCCAUGAGCUGCUGUCGGCCAUCGAGGCGCAGGGGGCCAGACCCAGGCUGCGACUCUGGAUCGGGCUGCACAGACCGCCACGCCAGUGUUCGUCCACCAGACCCCUCAGAGGAUUCGUCUGGGUCACAGGAGACCAGGAUGGCCAGUUCACCCACUGGCUCCGUGAGGACACCCCCGGGACAUGUGCAGCCCCUCGCUGUGUGGCCAUGACGGUCCACAUUACCGAGAGUGGACGUGAGAGCAAUGAUAACUUCCGCUGGGUGGACGGCUCCUGCGCACUCCCAUUGGACGGAUAUGUUUGCCAGUACAACUACAAAGGAAUGUGCCCCCCGCUGGAGGAGGAGGAGGGAAGAGGUCCGGCUGUUUACACCACCCCGUUUCACCUGGUGAGCACCAUCCUGACACACGUGCCCUAUGGGUCCGUUGCUUCUGUAUCUUGCCCUGAAGAUCCCUCCAACCCGGACGCCAGUGCUGAGCAGACGGUGCUGUGCAUGGAGAGAGAUGACGAGACCAUCGGCUGGUCCAGGGAUGCCCCGCUCUGCUCCGCUGGUACAGCCCCAAAGAACCAGGACUGGUGUAGCGGGGACCACGGGUGUGAGCAGUUCUGCCAGAAUACAGACACAGACUACUACUGUUACUGCUCUGAGGGAUUUAGGAUAGACGAGGACGGGUACGCCUGCAUACCUGACCCCCUGAGUCAAACUGACCCACCUGAGUUGUCAGCGGACUCCGCCGGCCCCACUGAACAGCCCCACCUCAAGGAGGUCUGCGUGGAGAUGGGUUGCGAAUACAACUGCAUAGAGACUUCUCGGGGAGUCCGCUGCACAUGUCCUCCUGGAUACCAGAUGGGUCCAGACGGCCGCAGAUGUUCUGACGUAGAUGAAUGUCAGCAGCAACCAUGUCCUCAACUCUGUGUCAACACCCCCGGGACCUUCCACUGCACCUGCCAUGAGGGGUACCAGCCGGAUGAUGAGGGCGAGUGCGUGGAUGUGGACGAGUGCCUGGAUGAGGGCAGCUGUGAAGGCACUUGUAAGAAUACCGUUGGGUCCUUUGCAUGCCUGUGUGAUCAGGGGUACGAGUCCAGUAACGGAGACUGUGUAGAUAUAGAUGAGUGCGCAGGGGGGUCGCCCUGCCAGCAGCUGUGUCACAACAUCCAGGGGGGGUACCAGUGUUACUGUGACAACGGCUAUGACCUGCAGCCAGACGGACUUACCUGCCAGCCUUCAUCUGACGAUGGGGAAUAUUCCACUCUGACCCCUGACCCCAGUGACUCUGCUCACAUGCCUGACUUUGACCCCAAUCGUGAUCUCCCCUGGUCCAGCUCUUUCACCCUGGACCCAAACUUUGAGGAUGACUCUAACUUUGACGUUGACUGGCGGACAGACGCCCCUGAGGUGCUCUCUCCUGACAUGGAUCAUGGUUCAGAAAACCACCUGAACCAAUGGGACGCCAUUACACCAAAGCGAUAUCAGACAGCUCCACCCCCAACACAAAAAGGAAAUACAGGAAAUGAAAUCAAUAACGAGGCUGAAGCCAAGAGUGGAGGUAGAGCAGCCAGUGAAGGGGUGGGAGCCGAGACUGCAGAUGAUUCAGCCACUGGGCCGAAGGAUGGGGAGCAAUCAAACAUUAACGGUACAGAGGAUGUCGGCGAGGAAGAGGCAGGAUCUACAGGCAAACGUAAGCAUGACAAGAGCUGGCUCCUCGUGGCCCUGCUUGUGCCUCUAUGCGUGUUCCUCGUUGUGAUGCUGGCUCUUGGGAUUGUCUAUUGCACCAGCUGUGCUGUGGACAAAAGCCUGAGCUUCUCAAACUGCUAUCGCUGGAUACUCCCCACAACGCCUCCAGACAGAAGGAAUGGCAAAACCCAAGCAUGAACCCUAACAUGAACAAACACAGGUGCAUGAGCACAUGCACAGAUGUGUUGAAAGCCCAGAUGUUUGUUAACAUCCCUCUUGUGGUGCAGGACUUGUCACUGAAACAGCCAUUUGGAUUUAGUACAGCUGACUGGCUUUAUAAUUCAUCAAGAAAACCUAGUUCUGUCUGUUGCACAUCCUUUGUAAAUAAUUCACUCUCGUCAUGUUUUUAGAAUUCAAUAAAAACCAAUAAACUAAUGAAAUACUG